GUAACUCAACUUCAUGGAUAUAAAAGAUUUCUUAAUGAAAAUAGUGUUAAAGAAAAAUUUGAAUCACUUGCCAAGGAUUUUGAUUCUGUUAUGAAUGAUUUACAUUUCACACCAAUAGUGUCUGCCCAGAGACAAAAUGAAAUUGAUCAAAAAAGUUUGAAGGAAGAUCUCAAUGAGAUGACUGAGUUUUUAGAAACUAUUCAUGGUGGCAUUCUUGAUAACAAUAAACAACUCAGCAUG